AUGCAGGAUCAACCUGCCGAACAUGAAUUUCGAAAGCAACCAGUCUCGCCUCCCCCGGGGUCUGACAGCGACAUGGGAGGCCUCAGCAGCGACGGACACGAACAGCCGCGUCCAAAGUCGCUCUUGAGCUCGCUGCUUUCAGACCAUUCUUCACCGGCGAAGCGUCCAUCAACCGGCUACACGUCUGGCCCAUCGGCGCCUUCCUCGGCGCCAUCAACUGCCUUCUCCAGCCCUCGGGCCCAAGACCCGGUCUCGAUUUUACGACGCGGCAGUAUGGGGUCGGAUGGGGAACCGUUCCACCUUCCAUUUGCUCACCAUCACGUUCCCACGCCACUCCCAAAGGCUCUACCGCUUGGCACCAGCCCGCCCCCCGUUGACGCUGCUCCUCACCGAUCCGCUCUAACGUUUGCUGUUGCACAGCCCCGUGCAGAGCAGGAGCGUAUCCAUGCUUCUCAACAUGACGACAUUGACGAGGGCAACGAUACGGAUCAAGGCUACGAAGAAGACUCCGAGGACGGCUUCUCGGACGACGAACCCACAUUUAUGAUGCAAGCAAUGGCUCGGGCUCGUGAAGCAAGAGCCCGUGCACCUCUCGUGCCGAUUCGGGCGGCUUCAGUCUCUCCGCCUCGUCCGGCAAUCGUGUCGCCGUCGCGCAGAGGACGUGGUCACAUUCGGGUCGAUCCAGAUGUGGCGCAAGAUCACAAGUCUUGCACCCGUCACUACAGCCCCCCGCCUUCAGACGCCCGCUCUUCCCGUUCUGCACCACCUGGACCCCGUGACGGCCGAGCCGGCUCUCCAGUUCCUUCGAAGCACGAGGACGAGGAUGACGAUGAUGAUGACGAAGAUGACGAGGAGAGAUCGGACGAAGAAGAAGAAGCACAACCCGAAGGUGAAGGACGGGCAGCGGCCGCCGCCGUGGUCCAUGAGACGACAGUUACUCAUGACGACGAGGCCGUUAUGAGCGACGCUUCGGUCGACGAGGCCCCCAUGUCGACCGUUCGAACUAUUCUUCGCCGCGCAUCCGAGCACCUGCCGUCUUUCCGUCGUCCGUCAUUUGCACUCUCCACCCUGCAAUCUGACGCCGUCGAUAUUGUUGACAAGAGCCCUCCUGCCGAGGACCCAGUGUUGUCGCGUGCCCGUUCUCUUGGAGCCCGUUCGCACCCCGUGGGCAUUCUGUCAACAGAUGGGGGCGCAGAGACCAGUUUGCGUAGGGUAGGAAUUCUCUCUGCAGACGAAGGCGAGGGAAUGGCCCGUAGCCGGCCAAUGACCUGCCCAGUGCGCCGUGGGGAGGAGUAA